AUGUAUUACGCGUACAAAAAGAUCAAGGAGCACCGUCGCCAAAAGCCCCUCGCCCAAGAGACGGCUCAAGACACCAACACAAGCACCCAGAAAACCACCACACCCGACCAACAACAGCCGGUCACCAACGACCAACAGCCCGGCGCCAGCGAUCAGCAACCAACCACCAAUGAUACUUUCAAAAAGUCCAAGAUCAAGAAGCAGCUCUCCCCCGAGGAAGCCGCCGACAAGAAGCGUCGCACCAUCUACCGCUGGAAGCUCAUCGCGGGCCUCUUUGGUCCCUUUGCACUACAAGCCCUCGACACCACCAUCAUUGCCUCCGCGCUGUCUGAUAUCGCCACCGAGUUCCACCAAGUCAAGCAGCUCAACUGGAUCAUCUCCGCCUUCAACCUCACCUCGGCCGCCUUCCUCUUCUUCUGGGCGCAGAUGACCGACGUCUUCGGCCGGCACGUCACCGUGCAGGCCUCCAUCCUGACCAUGCUCAUCGGCUCCGCCAUCUGCACCGCCGCGCCGACCUCCUCCUUCGCGGCGCUCCUCGUCGGCCGCGCCAUCCAGGGCGUCGGCUGCUCCGGCGUCAACAUCUCCGUGCGCACCAUCCUCGCCGACCGCGUCUCGCUCUCCGAGUACGCCACCAACUGGACCAUAUUCGUGCUCAUCAACGGCGUCAGCUUCGGCCUCGGCCCGCUCAUCGGCGGCUACCUCACCCAGGCCUCGUGGCGCUGGUGCUUCGCCAUCAACCUGCCCAUCGGCGUCGUCUCCGUCGUGCUCGUCGCCGCGCUCCUCCGCAAGGAGCUCAUCGGCCCGCAGCCGCUGCCGGAGCUCGCCGGCAGCAACGCGGAGGGCGGCUCCCGCGGGCACCGCUUCCUCGCGCGCAUCUCCACCGUCGACGCCGUCGGCCAGCUGCUCUUCCUCCUCGGCAUGGGCCUGCUGCUGCUGGCCUUUACCUGGGGCGGCAGCACCUACCCGUGGGGCUCCGCCGCCGUGGUCGCGCCGCUCGUGCUCGGCGUCGCGCUCACCGUCGCCUGGCUCGUCUUUGAGCGCUCCAUGGCGCACGGCCGGGCCAUGGCGCGCGUCUUUGGCCGGCAGCGCGCCAUGAUGCCGUGGGACCUGCUCUCGCAGCGCGACACGCUCAUCGUCUUCCUCGUCGGUUUUGGCGGCGGCAUGGCCAUGUUCGCCGCCAUGUACUUCAUGGACCUCUACUUCACCUUUGUCGAGGGCAAGAGCCCCAGCGACGCCGGCAUCGGCCUGCUCUACUACAUGCCCGGCUUGGCCGUCGGCGUCUACAUGGCCAUCUUCGCGGCCAAGGUCUGGCCGCGCCAGACGCUGCCGCCGCUGGCCUUUGGAGCGCUGACGACCGCCGUCGGCAUCAGCGUGCUCGCCUGGGCCGUGCACGCGCGCAACACGAGCGUCAUCUACGGCAUGCUCGCGCUCAUCGGCCAGGGCGUCAUGCUGCGCAUGAACCCGGCCUCGCUGCACUACCUCGGCUACUUCCCGGACCGCACCUCGCAGAUCACCUGCCUGUCCGCCUUCGCCAUCCCCUUUGGCGGCCUCGUCGGCCUGACCAUCAUGACCACCGUCUUCAACAACAAGAGCGGCGUCGACCACCUCGACGCCAAGGAGGGCAUCACCUGGGCCUUCAUCUCCAUGAUCCCCUUCAUGUGGGCGUGCGUGCUGCUGGCGCUGUGCUUGGGCAACGUGUGGAUCUUGAAAAACGGCGACCACGAGAUCCUCCAUGGUUCGUACAUCCUCGGACUCCUUCGCCGCGGACCGCUCAACAAGGAGCUGCGCCAUCGCGGCGAGGGCCGUUUUCGUGAGAGUACUUUGGAUAAGUCGGUGCAGCCUGCAGAGGAUAACUGCUAA